AUGGGCCUCUUUUCUCAGGUUAGUUCCGCGGUUGCGAGGGGGGGUCAAGGUCUAAAGACAUCAAAGGACGAAAGGCCCCCUGAGGGAGCAAAUGCAGAAGAUACAGAGGAACUCGACGAAGAGUCGGGCAACAUCUUGCUGAGUUUGAUCAGCCAGCUUCGGAUUGGAAUGGACCUGCAUAAGGUCACGCUGCCAACCUUUGUACUUGAGCCACGGAGCAUGCUUGAACGAGUAACAGACUUCCUAAGCCAUCCUGAUAUACUUUUUGGUGCGGAUGCUUUACAGAGCCCCGAGGAGCGCUUUAUCGCGAUCCUUACAUACUACAUGUCGGGCUGGCAUAUUAAGCCGAAGGGUGUGAAAAAGCCAUACAACCCAGUACUCGGCGAGUUUUUCCGCUGCUCUUACACAUAUCAUAAUGGUACAACGGGUGUGUAUAUUGCAGAGCAAGUCUCGCACCACCCACCUAUUAGUGCCUAUUACUACAUUUCGCCAGAAAACAAUGUUCUUAUCUACGGUGACCUUCGCCCAAAAAGCAAGUUCCUUGGUAAUUCGGCAGCAACUAUUAUGGGAGGCGAGAGUCAUGUGGUUCUGCUAAAUCGGCCUGAAGAUGGCGAGUACACCAUAAGCAUGCCAAAUAUGUACGCUCGGGGCAUCCUUUUCGGCAAAAUGGUUCUUGAGCUUGGUGACCAAAGUGAGGUCACGAACAAAAGUCUGAAUAUGUCGACUAAUGUUGAUUUCAAGGUAAAAGGCUAUUUCACUGGUACAUACAACAUGAUUGAUGGGAAAGUAAUGCACGAUGGGAAUCAGAUCGGAGAAAUGAGCGGGAAAUGGAGCGACCGCAUGGAUUACAAGGACUUCAGGACGGGUCAGUCUCGCACGCUCUUCGAUGCGCAUAAUGCCAACGCUGUGCAAAAGACCGUCCCUCCGCUUGAACAGCAACAUCCUAACGAGUCGCAACGGUACGUUCGAUUAACUCUUUGUUCUUCUGUGUACUAA